AUGAGUGCUCUGGUGCCGCAGGGCUGUAGGCGCGCCGUCGCGACAUCGCCAUUCCCAGCAGACUUUAUAAAGAGUGUACCUGCCCCGAAAUUACCUCCCCUUCCUAUUACCUCCAAGCUCUCUUCCUUUCCUACGCCUCCAAAUACACCUUCUUUCGAGCACCUCCAAGUCCUCCCUCUGUACGCAUCCCCUCACAAUUACGAACCUCAGCUACAUCCUUCUCCAGCAACGCAACCUCCUAAAAAGAUCCCUUCUCGCCAAAAGGUCUUGUUGGCCCGUCCCAUCAUGGACACUGAGGACCCAACACAUGAGCCGACUCACCCCGGUGAAGAAGGCCAUGACGCGUAUCUGGACGAAGAGGAAGACCUGCUUCGAGAAGAGGAGCCCUUGCAAGAAACGAUCUUGCAGUCUUCCCUCUGUACACAACAGCUAUCAGUCGCAGAGAGAUCGAUGUAUUGA